GUGUUUCACGCAACAAACACUACCACGCACGCUCAGAUUCGUAGUAGAGAGCACAGCAAAAUCUCCAUGGAACCCUUCCCUUCCUCCUCUUCUGCUUCUUCUUCCCUAAUAGGAAUGGCGCAAAAGACCUGGGAGCUCGAGAACAACAUUAUACCGAUGGACACUCCAACGACCAACCCGGACCCGGCCUCCGACGCCAUUUUCUGCUACGACGAUGUCGCCCAGGUCAAGUUCCAGCAGGAGAAGCCGUGGGCGAACGACCCCCACUACUUCAAGCGCGUGAAGAUCUCUGCCCUGGCGCUGCUGAAGAUGGUGGUCCACGCUCGCUCCGGUGGGACCAUCGAGGUCAUGGGUCUCAUGCAGGGCAAGACCGACGGCGACGCCAUUAUUGUUAUGGACGCCUUUGCCUUGCCCGUAGAAGGCACCGAGACUAGGGUUAAUGCGCAGGCAGAUGCCUACGAGUAUAUGGUCGAUUAUUCCCAGACAAACAAGCAGGCAGGGCGAUUGGAGAAUGUGGUUGGGUGGUACCAUUCUCAUCCUGGCUAUGGAUGCUGGCUUUCAGGAAUUGAUGUUACAACACAAAUGCUAAACCAGCAAUUUCAGGAACCUUUUCUGGCAGUUGUUAUAGAUCCAACAAGGACUGUUUCUGCUGGAAAAGUUGAGAUUGGAGCAUUCAGGACAUACCCAGAAGGAUAUAAGCCUCCAGAUGAGCCUGUCUCUGAGUAUCAGACCAUCCCACUGAAUAAGAUUGAAGACUUUGGUGUACAUUGUAAACAGUAUUAUGCUUUGGAUAUCACUUACUUUAAGUCUUCUCUUGAUUGCCACCUCUUGGAUCUGCUAUGGAACAAGUAUUGGGUGAAUACUCUUUCAUCUUCACCUUUAUUGGGCAAUGGAGACUACGUUGCAGGACAAAUCUCUGAUCUGGCUGAAAAGCUAGAGCAGGCAGAGAACCAACUAUCUCACUCCCGCUUUGGACCACUAAUAGCACCCCCUCCGAGGAAGAAAGAGGAAGAAUCUCAACUUGCUAAGAUUACUCGGGAUAGUGCAAAGAUAACUGUGGAACAAGUUCAUGGUCUAAUGUCACAGGUUAUCAAAGAUAUCCUUUUCAACUCCGUGAGGCAAUCCAACAGAUCUCGAACAGAGCCAUCUGGCCCUGAGCCAAUGAUUGAAACCUGAUCUAGGAUACUGCUAGUGAGGCAAAAGAUGAAUGCGUUACCUUCCUGAUGCUUGAUUUUCCUGGAGACCAGCUUAAGUUUUAAAAAGACAUGAAGUUCUGAAAGUUGUAUUACUUUUUGUGUUGAUGUAAUGUAAAUUAUUUGCACCUCAUGAUUUUUUAUUUUUUAAUAUUUAUACAACAUUUUGGUACUC